CACCAUCUCAUCGAACUCAAGUUGAUCAGUAUAUCUUUCUCUUAGUGGUUUUACUCCCGCUAGCAGACUUGAUUCCUACAGCCAGCGUCUUCCUGAACCAGCAGAACGACACAAUCGCGAAGCGCCCACGAUGGCAGCUACGGCUUUAAUGAACCCGGCUCCGGCCCCGGCAUAUCCUCACAAACCGCCAUUCCCACCCGCUUACCACCAGCCACCUCCGCCAUCGAUGCCCGGUAUGAUUUCACCAGGGGAGAACAGGAGGACACUUAAUGAAGCGGAACCUGCUCAAAGGCAGUCUCUUCCUUCAUUAUCAGAAGUUUUCUCAGGAGCUAAGCCUAGCCACUAUUCACCGACGACUCCUACAACCUUAGCUGGUUCUCAUACCCUUCCUCCUCCGCCGUUAAGAUCAGAGCUACCACCCGAUUCACGACCGGCACCGCCCUCACAUGAAGAUAAAUUCUUUCGUUAUCCUCAGCGGUCUGAAGUUGGGCCACCACCGGGCCCUCCUGGUCCCCCCAGUGCGGCGUAUUCGUACGCAGAGCGCGAUCAUAGUAAACCUCCAGAGCCCAUAUCCGGUGGCGGCCACACAAAUGGGCCACCUCCCCAGAUCCCAUACCCGCCGGGUCAAUAUCCUUUGCCUCCAGCACCAAUUUCUCCGCAUCAUUUAGGUCCCUCGCUUCCACCUUACGAUCAACCAAGGCCGCCUAUCCACAGCGAUGAAGAAUAUGGGAUGCCACGAAAUCGAUACGACAACAAUACUCUUAAUAGGCACUUCGAGUCUUGGGGUUACCAGGAUUGCCUAAACAAGUUGGUGUGGACAUCAAGAACGGUCUGCAAUUUCGCCGAAGCGUAUAGUAAGAUCGCCUCAGAGCAACACGGCGGACAACCCAUUCCAGAACGACUGCCCAACGAUCAGGAGGUGUCGAGUAUGCUUGGUAACGUAGAAUAUAUGAAGCGUUCUCUCGAAAACCUGAGGGAAUUGGUGCAACAUAGCCUGGCGACCGAGAAGGCCCGAGAGGGUCGGGGAAAAGGACCAUACGAAGGAGAUGACGAUAUAAGUAUGUACGGCGAUAGCAUAAAACAACCCUAUGGGCUCAGCGAAGUCAAGAAGCGGCGAGGUCGUGCAGCACCACCCGGUCGGUGUCACAGUUGCAACAGGAUCGAUACUCCAGAAUGGCGACGAGGACCAGAUGGUGCGAGGACCUUGUGUAACGCUUGUGGGCUUCACUACGCCAAACUCGAAAGGAAACGUCAAAUGGAACAACGUUCCAUUCGACCGAAAACGGUGGAAGAACGAGUUUGAGACUAGAGUCCGAUGAACUUCUACGCCAGCACAGGGUUUCAUGGGCAACCGGACGAAAAGCGACUUUCAGCCUUCAUUCCUUUUACAUAUUACUUAGUCCAUCGACACUAUCGACGGCCGCCUUCUCGAUCUUGCGACGCUUACGACCCAAGUCGCCAGUCAUUAUCUUAUAACGUUCCGGACUAUAUAUCGUGUGCUAAUUAUUAUACCCGACUCGAAAUGACGAUUUUAUUAUUUUUAUCUGAACUCAGUUUUAG